AUCAGGCAUCACUGGAACAACAUCACAAAUUAUGCAGUGCAUGAACAACAGCACAUAUCAUUCAAUGCAGGAAGAGCAGCACAGAUCAGGCAGUGCAGGAACAGCACAAAACUGGCAGUGCAAGAGCAGCAGCACAGAUCAGGCAGUGCAGGAACAGCAACACAGAUCACGCA